AUGGAACAGCAAUAUGCAGGACAGCAGUAUAACAAAGGGAACUCUUAUAACGAAGCGGAAAUGAUCUCAAAAGCUCGUGCUGUGUUGGACACAAAAUCGAUUCUGCCUCUUACGAUCCUGUCCUCGAUAGAAUACGACCUCCUUGGGGAAAGCCGUUACUUCAUGGAGCAAAAACGAGAUCUUGCAGAGUCAAGUUCAACUACGUAUACGUUGCAUUCAAGAAAACAUUUUGAACUGCUUGAUACCAGCAACAUACCGUUAGAAUAUCGCGCAAGCCCACCAAUACCAAGACCCAGUGCAAGGAAUCUUGAGCCAUACAAAGACCUAGUUUCCGCGGCACUAGAGUCCUCACUUCCGGGUACUUUACCCCGACUAUUCAAGAGCGCAUCUCGGCCAAACAUUUUUGACUCUCCGGAUAAUUUUUCAAUGGCCGAGGCUUUUCGCAAGGGGUCUGAUCUAGAAAAAUGCAUCAACACUGCACUCGAUGCUUUACAUCGAGCAGAUUUGUCAAGAAAGGAGAGGAUAUGGACUUUGGCUAUCCUUGAUGGUCUCCAGGCUUCUCUUCCAAGGGGAGAGUUGCAGCCAAUGAGGACGGAUAUUCUAGAGGGACCCGUGAGACGAGGAGCUUUCGAGCUACACCUAAUCAGAGGACAAGGAAUUGAUCUGCUACCAAUUGCGCAGAGGAUGUGCAAUCCAAAAGCUCUCCCAUCAUUGCCUAUCAGUCUGAUAGAGGCCCUUCAGAGAGCGGAACUUUUGGCAGCUAUGCAGAAAGCAAUCAAAACCAAAAUUGUACCCCGCUUGAGUCAGAGUGGUAGGAAGCUACAUGACAUGCUUGUUCAAGCAGCAUUACCACUGGAUAAGGACCAAGCUGUGAGAUUCGUAUCUACAUUUGAAGAACAUUGGAGUCGACAUCUUGAUUUAAGUCUAGAAACACGUUGGGCCUAUGACAUCCUCAAUCAUAUGUUGAGAUAUGAUGUCAAUGUGAGGAGGUAUACUGAAUGGCGAUUUACGAUUGAUGGAUUCUUCAAGACAAACUCUCAGAGAUUCUGGGCUUCAACAGUUAAAGCAGACAUCCUGAGAAUCAUUCGAAAGGCAUCAAACGAUCCUUAUAUCACAAACAUCUUGCAGCCUUUCAAAAAGGAUACCCCAGCAGAUUUUUCUCAUUUCAAACAUGUGAUCGACUCUUUCAAAGUGCAAAACCACGCGAUUCAUAAUUUUCAGGAACAGCAGUACGGGAUAUCUCCUUUCAAGAUUCAAGAAUAUCUUGAAGAUCAGAAUAUCAUUCUUGGAGUAUUAUACAAAGCAAGUGCACAUAAUCCUCAUGAAGUUGUUCCUUAUUUGAAUAGUGAAUUGGACUACAAAAGUUCAAAAGACUACCUCAAUUUGACGAUCCACGAGAGGAAGACCAAGAGAAUGAAUGCUCCAUUUGCAUGCAGCAUUUUCUGGUUGGACAGCGAGUUCUUCGGUUGCAAUGUACCAAACGAAAAACGCACGAUUUUCAUGAACAAUGUCUCAGGGUAA